AUGUCUGCCGAUUGGUGCCGCCCGUCGGCCGUCCUGCAGUCGAUGGCUGACGCAUUAUCCACUCAUGAACCACAAGAUCCAACAUCGGAUCUCUGCAGCUCCCACGAGGCCCUGGCUCUGUUCACGCAUGCUUGUAUGGCAUCUAGUGGCUUCCGCCUACUCGGCUUCGAUGAGGAAAAGACACGCGAAGCAGAAUGCCACGAGCUUGCUCCGCGCCUUCCCUCAAACUGGAAUGCAUCCUUCAACACGUAUUCAUUCGUCUACACACAUCAGGAGUCCACGCUCCGUUUUGUCAUCAAGAUUGAUCGCAUGGGCGGAAAAGCCGACAUUCGUGGGCUCGCGUUACAAGAUGACCGUAUUGCGCGUUCCGAGAUUACAAUAAGGGACUUCAUUUCAAAUUCAACCCUCCCCGUUCGGAUUACUAUGAGGCAGAACGGCACAGAAGAUCGUUCCGACUUAGUAGACAAGCUCCAGAAUCUGUUCGUCUCGGAAAGUAGCAUAAAAGAGCUCGCGUACCUAAUUGCCAAAAACAUAAUCCAGGAACUUCUCCCUGUGUUGCGAAAGAGCAGUCUCCGGGAGUCAGGAGACGAGGUCUCCCCCGAUGAUGCGGCUGUAGCCGAGGAUGUUAGAGAAGCAGCCCGCAGACCACCCAGACGACCAGUGACGCCAGACCUUAUGCCCGAGCCGGCCAAGCCACAUCCCUUCGAUGAUCCUCUCAGCGCGAUCCCUCAACGACCGCCGGUUCCGCAUGGAGAUUUUCCACCACCAGACUUUGAAGAUCCUUAUGACAUCAAUCGCCCCCCAGGACCGCCAUCACACUUUGCGCCUGGCUAUAGGCCGUUUGGAGACAUCGGAGCAGAUGAUCUAAACCCACCUGCUAUCGGACCAACUGAUCCGCUGCGUCCAGGAAGAGGGAUGCCUGGUGGGGUGGGAGAGGCAAGAGGCAUGUAUCCUUCGAUUCCCGAUCUUGGGGGAUGGGGUCGCCAACCUGGCAUUGGUGGCGGCAGCCUUGGAUUUGAUGAGCAAGUGCCGCCAGGGGCACGUUAUGAUCCGAUCGGACCCGGUGGUCAUCCCAGAUGGGGAGGUGGACGUCCUGGGAGUGGAAAUCCUUCGUUUGGCCAUCGCCAAUUUGGAGGAGGAUUUGAUGGAGGAGACAUAAUUUAG